AUGUGUGUGUGUGUGUGUCUUACAAGAUUUACGAUAUCUCUUACAGACUCAAGCCAGAUAUGUGAAGCCCAGACCAAAACAAUCAAUUGUGGUCCCCACAAUGUGUUCAAGAUUCAUGCAGCUAAUUACGGACGGACAAACUCCACCAUCUGCUCUGAUAACCAACCUCCACACAAAAUCGACAACACCAACUGCUCUUCAUCCAACACAUUGUCUGUUGUCAAGGAGAGCUGUGACGGACGGCUGCGCUGUUCGAUAAAGGCCUCCAACAGAAUCUUCUCCAAUCCGUGCCCUGGGAUCUACAAAUACCUGGACAUCUCUUAUAGCUGUGUUCCUCUCACAUCCAGCAAGACAUGUGAGGGCAACAUCAGCACACUGGACUGUGGACUAGACGUGAUAAAAAUCCAUGCUGCUAACUACGGGCGGACUGACGGACACACCUGCUCUGUUGGACGAGCUGCAGAUGAGGUCACCAAUACCCGCUGCCGCACCUCACUUGCCCUAGGCAGAGUCAAGGACAGGUGUGAUGGAAAGGAGAGAUGCACACUGGUGGCAUCAAACCAUUUCUCAAACGGGAGAGACAGAUGUCCUGGGACCUACAAGUACCUGGACAUCUCCUUCAGCUGUGUUACUGAAAUGUAGUCCCUCACUGUCCGAGAUUAAGCAAUAGAGCAAACUUCACUCCUAAACCUGUUUCUAGAUAUUUUCUCUCUGAACUGCUUGGAUCUGGCAGUGCUGUGCUAAAUUGCUCUAAGAAACAUUCUUACUGCUGGUGAUGGCUGCAGUCCUGCAGCGUGGUGGAGGUACUUCCUGUUUUCUAGUCCAGUCUUUCCAGCUUGUGGCUAGGGUUAGGGUUAGUGUAAGUAGGAGAUAGG